AUGACAAAUCAAUCUAGAGCUUCUGAUAUAUACAUUUUCGCAGAUAACAGCAGAACGCUGAUCCACAAACUCCAUGGACUAUUUAAGUUCAUGAAUGGAAAUGAAGCUCUUAUCAUACUAAUUGUAUUGUAAUAAAUUUUCCUUAAUUAUCUGAUUUAAUAAUUAUGGUUUAAUACCUGAAUGAGUUUUCUACUUAUUGUAGAAAUUUCGGUCUUUUGGCAUUAUAAGAAUCAUUCAAAGAGCAUAAAAACACAUUGGAAGAAACACUCCUUAUACAUUUAAUUAAUUUAACAAGAGAAUAAAUGAUUGAAUUAUCAUCUCGUAUAGUAAGGACAUGGAUCAACAUUAAUAGAGAUCAAAAAUAAGAAUCUCUAUAAGAAAGCUAAUAGAGAAAGAUGUCAGUUAGUGAAAUACAUACAAAAUCUAGCUCUUAAUUAAAUCAUCUAUAUGAAUAACAUAUUUUAAACGAAGAGAAUUAAAUAGUCAAACGAGAUUAGUAAAUCAAUCACCUUAUGAAGGAAUGCACAUUUAAACCUUAAAUUACAAAAAAGAGUUAAAAAUUAGAAUUAAAUUCUCCAGCUCAUAUAAGAUUGAAUAACUAUGCAAUGGAUUCAAAAAUCAAAUUAUAAAUUGUCUAAGAACUUAAUCAGUAAUAAGAAUUAAAAGAUUGCACUUUCAAACCAUCAAUAAAUACUAAAUAAUUGGGUAGAAAUUAAUCAGUUGAAAAUCCGUUUGAUAGACUAUACUAAAAUGCUUUAACAUAAAGAAACAAAACACCGAGAAAUAAUGAAGAUUCAGAAUUUACUUAUCGUCCUUAAUUAAUUAGCUCACCUUUAAAAUUACAACAAUUUGAUGGUAUAUCAGUAGAAGAGAGGCUUUAUAAUCAUCAUUUUGAGAAAAUGAAUAAUGUAGCAUUAAAAUAAGAAGAAUUAUAAUAGAUUGAAUUAGAACAAUGCACGUUUACUCCUGCGAUUAAUAACCAAGGAAAUUGUAGACAAAAUGAAAAAGUUUUCGAUAGAUUAUAUAAUCACAGUAGUGUAAAAUCGGUUUCAGAUAUUAAAGACCAUUCAAUUUCUCAUAUGAAUAAGAAAUCUGAGUCUCUAAUUAAGAAACCAUAGUCAGACAAUAAUUCUUAUGUAACUUAAUUUUAACUAGAAUCCAAUCCAUUCGAUCGAUUGUAUUAAGAAUAUUAAAGAUAAGAGAAAAAAAAGAAAUCAAAUUAAAUUUAAUAUUACUAAUCUAUACCUUUUAAACCAUUACUAAAUAAGAAACUAUCAUUAUAGUGA